AUGUCGCAGGGUCCGCGGCGAGGGAGUGAUGAUACCUCCCCUGCCUCAAGGAACCGGGACUAUUUGGGUCCGCGAUCCGACGUUCAAACAUCGCGCGGUGGCCCCCGCCAACCCUCCCCGUUGCAUACCAGCUCCCUCCCGCUAUCCUAUCUCCACGACAACUCGGCUUCAUCGCAGAGCCCGCUGUCAGCCCGGUCGAGCGCAAACCCGUCCCCUGCCACAAACCGCUCGCCGAUGGCUCGUGUAGCCAAUGCCGCGUUCCCCGCGCCCCCAUCCACCACUGCCGCCAGCUCGUCUCGAGCGCCUGAAAUGACAAGCGCGGAGGCGUCGGCAGAGGUGACCGACAGCUUCAACACGCCGAAACAAUCUGCCGGAACGGAGGCUGAUCGAUCAGAAACUUCCUCGCCAAAAUCUACAGCCAGUUCCGUCCUCGGAGAUCGCGCGCCUCAGCGCACGAUGCCUCGAACCUCGUCGAUUGAUUCUGCCAUCUCGUCCCUGUCUACCCCAUCACAGAAAUCAUCGUUCGAUGCGAACGCCUUGAGCCCUGCGGAUAUCAAUAAUCUCAUCAGCAAGGCUGGCUCGGCUGAGGCCGUCAUCAUCCACCUACUGAAAGAAAAACAUCAUGCAGCAUCGCAAAAUGGUCAGUUGUGGAAAUUGGUGGACAAGCAACGGACUUUGAUCUUGGGCCUCAACAAGGAUCUUGAGCGAGCGUUCAAGGAGAAGGACCAAUACAAGAAAAAGGUCAAGGAGCUCCAACAAUCAGCACCUCCGCUCCCCGCUGCUGAUUCUCGAGGUCUCUCGGCGGACCGGCACGAUUCUCUUCUUCCCAAACCGCUGUCUCGACUUCAAACACAACCGGCAAAUGGCGAAGGUCGAAGCGACCCGCAGGCCCGGGGAAACGCCCAAGCUACCGAGUUCGGUCCCACCAGCCCUACGUCCCCCGGUGACGGCAAGUCAAGCCGCAAAGCACCGCCUGCACCCUUAAACUUGAAACAGAAGGAGAGUGCCGACCCUAAUGACUCCGGGUCUGAUUACGGGGACGUCGUGGAAGUUGAUGAAUUACGCAGCAAGGAACGCGGCAGGAGAAAAACGAGGGAGGAGGAUGACCGGGACCGUGAAGCUGUGCUGCAAGAUGAGACGGUCAACUAUGAUGGUGCGAAACCAAGCAAGUCUGGAACCUCCCAAAGCUCAAGAGAGACCGCAUCAACCAGCUCGGCCAUGGUCCCCCGGGAGCUGUCGUCGAGGUCGCCGCCAAAUGUUGGCGGAGCGGGCUCCAUGGGAAGCAUUUUGAGCUCUCGCACGGCUCCUUCCAAUGGACGCAAUAUGAUGACCAUGCCUAAGAGUCCAGGAUUGCCUCUGAGCCCGAGACCAGAAGACCGUCCUAUCGGUUCUCCCUUGCCAAGAAUGCCCACCAGAGACAUCACAAAUCCCAUGGCAUCCCCGUCACUGGCCUCCGGAUAUAACGUUGCGGGCCUGCCUCUUUCUCCGCGAGCACCCAAUUACCCGGUGCCUUUCUCCCAGGGGGAUGCCCCAGGUACCGCUGGUCGACCCGGCAUGUCUAUCCCCUCAAUCGAUCCCGCUGUCAAAAUCGAUAGUCCGAUAUCAGCCAAGUUCUCUGAGAGUAGUAUUUACCAAGGACUGGUGUCGGAAGAUUAUCCUGCCUUGCUUUUACCGCCCAAUGCGCUGCCACUGAUUCAAGUGAGAGUCUCUUCGUCCCGACUCCGACCUUCGAGGAACAGCUAUCUCGUAUCCAAACCCCUGGACGAGGAACCUGUUUUUACACUCAGCGUGAUAUCUCGAUCGGAAGGUUCAGAACUCUGGCGAGUCGAAAAAGUGAUUGGGUCCCUUCCUCAGUUGGAUCAACAGGUUAAACAAACUUCUUCCUUUGCCGGGAAGUUGCCUGACCGGGCCAUUUUCAGUGGUCACUCUCCUGCAAAAGUUGAUGCGAGACGUGCUGCCUUGAAUGUGUAUUUUGACAGUCUCUUGGACACGCCUAUGGAUGAGACCGCUGCAUUGGUCGUCUGUCAAUUCCUGACGAGUGACGCUAUUGAGGCUCGAGACGACGAGACCAGCCUGCUGAAAGGCUCUCCAACCAAGCCCGAUAUCCUUCGUGGAGCCGAUGGGAAACCGCGAAAGGAAGGCUAUUUGACGAAGCGUGGCAAGAAUUUCGGUGGCUGGAAAGCGAGAUACUUUGUCCUGCAUGGCCCUGAGCUGAAAUACUUCGAGUCGCCAGGAGGUGCCCAUAUGGGCACUAUCAGGCUCCACCACGCUCAGAUCGGCAAGCAAUCGCAAAACUCCAGCAGCCAGGCUACCUCCGGUGACGAUGACACGGACAAUCAAUACCGCCAUGCGUUCCUCGUCCUGGAACCGAAGAAGAAGGAUUCCUCGGCGCUUGUGCGGCAUGUCUUGUGUUCUGAGAGCGACGCAGAGCGGGACGCCUGGGUGGACGCUCUGAUGGAGUAUGUCGAAAGCUCUUCGUCCGACAAUGAGAGUAGCCGUGGCCCCUCAUCGUCAAAGAGUCAAGCCUCGACUCCAGCAAAGCCAUCCGCCGCUGGAUCUGAACCCAGAUCUUCAGCCAAGUCGAAACUGUUUUCCGGUAACGGAAGCAAGAAACCUGUCAGAACGGAUGAGAGUCCGGAGCUGGUUGGCGGAGACCCGGUCCAAGGAUUCAGCUUUGACGAUGCUGUUGCGGCCGAGCCCCCCAUACUGGGUACCACUCUCGAUCAGGCGCCUCCUCGUUCUCCACGGAUCCCGUCUACCGUAUCCAUGGCUAUCGGUGACACCACCCAGCCCAUCGAACCGGGGCUGCAGUCUCCGAAGAUGAUAUCUGCACCUAAAAAUGGCGCAAUCAUUCAAGAUGUAGGCGCUUGGGGCAAUAAACCAACAACAACAACAACAACAUCUACCAAAGAAAAGAAGCGCAGUAUCUGGGGCUUCCGCACACGAUCGUCUUUUGACCUAGCGUCUCAGGGCGGGGACAUCACCGCCGCCAAUAACAAUAUCCAAACGGAACGAAAAGAACCGGUCAGACCCGUCUUCGGGAUACCGCUAAUUGAGGCUGUGGAAUAUUGUCCGCCCCAAGGCGUUAAUGUGGAGCUGCCGGCCGUGGUCUACCGUUGCAUUGAAUAUCUUCACUCCCAGGGAGCGGCGUCCGAAGAAGGAAUCUUCCGUCUGAGCGGCUCAAACGUCGUGAUCAAGGCUUUGAAGGAACGGUUUAAUACCGAGGGCGACAUCGAUUUCCUUGCCGGAGACCAGUAUUACGACGUCCAUGCAGUCGCCUCCCUUUUUAAGCAGUAUCUGCGGGAGCUUCCGACGACAGUGUUGACUCGCGAACUCCACUUGGAUUUCCUUCGUGUUUUGGAACUUGAUGAGAAACAGAAGAAGCUCGCCGCAUUCAACUCCCUCGUGCACAGACUGCCGAGUGCCAACCUGACGCUACUGUCCGCUCUGUCACAAUUCCUGAUCGAGAUCGUCAAUAACUCCGAUGUCAACAAGAUGACCGUCCGCAACGUGGGCAUUGUCUUUGCUCCGACUCUUAACAUUCCUGCGCCGGUGUUCUCGAUGUUCCUCACGGACUAUGACAGCAUCUUCGGUGAUUUAUCAUCUGGCCCUGGUCCAUCCGUGGAGCUGACGGUCGACCGAACCCGAACCCUCUCGGCUGAUGAUAUUCGCUCUCCACGCCACCAAAUGUUCUCGGAGAUCCCCACGCCCUCAUACAACCAAACCUCGUUCCGGGGCCAAAGCGAAUCCAAUAGUGCUGUCGAGCCUCCCAGAGCGCAGCACCAAGAUACCGGGUUUAUCCCCAUGCAGCCGACUUACGACCAAAAUGCUUAUCAGCAGCAAAUGUACAAUCAGCAAGCCGGGGCCUCUGCGGGAUUCACCUCGUUGAAUGGUAUGCUGGUUCCCAAUAACACGGAUGACACACGUUCGGCCCGAUCCAAGAGGCGCGAAAGCUCGAUGCUUUUCAUGGAGAACAGUACGUACAGCCAGUCCGCUGGGUAUCCCAGAUAG